UACAGAACGCAGUUGCUACGUGAAACAAAAAUUUAACAAACAAAAUGUCUGGACGCGGUAAAGGAGGCAAAGUUAAGGGAAAGGCAAAGUCCCGCUCGAAUCGUGCUGGUCUUCAGUUCCCUGUGGGCCGAAUCCACCGUCUGCUGAGAAAAGGAAACUACGCCGAACGUGUUGGAGCUGGAGCACCCGUCUAUCUGGCGGCUGUGAUGGAAUACCUGGCUGCGGAAGUGUUGGAAUUGGCAGGAAAUGCUGCCCGUGACAACAAGAAGACCAGAAUUAUCCCACGUCAUCUGCAGCUGGCCAUUCGCAACGAUGAGGAGUUGAACAAACUGCUCUCCGGAGUGACCAUUGCUCAGGGCGGUGUUCUGCCAAACAUCCAAGCCGUGCUACUGCCCAAGAAGACCGAAAAGAAGGCCUAAAUCUAACGCUGAACUCACCUUUGUACAAAACCGUCCUUUUCAGGACGACCACAUAUUUGCGAUAAAGAAAAAAUUGAAAUU